GGGAGUGUGAGGCUUGCUGUUGGAGGGGGAGUGUGAGGCUUGCUGUUGGAGGGGGAGUGUGAGGCUUGCUGUUGGAGGGAGAGUGUGAGGCUUGCUGUUGGAGGGGGAGUGUGAGGCUUGCUGUUGGAGGGGGAGUGUCUGCACGUGUAGCGAUGCGUGUAGAGACGGAGAAGCCCCUUCCCUGCUACCUGACUCAGACUCUGGCUGUGACCUUCAACGUGACCCCAGCCCCACCAUGCUGAACAAUGCCUCCCUUGUCUACAUCGCCCUGGAGCUGGUCAUAGCCUUUCUGGCCGUGACCGGUAACAUGCUGGUCUGCUGGGCCGUGUGCCUCAACAGCACCUUGCAGAGCAUCACCAACUACUUCGUGGUGUCCCUGGCAGUGGCAGAUAUCGCUGUGGGCUUGCUGGCCAUCCCCUUCGCCAUCACCAUCAGCACGGGCUUCUGUGCCAACUUCCACGGCUGCCUGUUCAUCGCCUGCUUCGUACUGGUGCUCACCCAGAGCUCCAUCUUCAGCCUGCUAGCCAUCGCUGUGGACCGCUACAUUGCCAUCAAGAGCCCCCUCAGGUAUAACAGUCUUGUGACGUCCGGGAGGGCAAAGGGCAUCAUCGCAGUGUGCUGGGUUCUCUCUGUGGGCAUCGGCCUCACGCCCAUGCUGGGCUGGAACCGGGGUGUCAACAGCACCAACAGCAGCUCGUGCCCCGAAGGCAUGACAGAGUGCCUGUUCGAGGGUGUGGUCACCCUGGAAUACAUGGUCUACUUCAACUUCUUCGGUUGUGUGCUGGUGCCCCUGCUGGCCAUGCUGGUCAUCUACGCCCGCAUCUUCAUGGCGGCGCGGCGCCAGCUGAGACUGAUGGACCUGAAGCUGGCUCACAUGCACGCCCCUGGGGCAUGCUCAUCGUCCACAUCGUCCCGCUCCACCCUGCAGAAGGAGGUCCACGCAGCCAAGUCUCUGGCCAUCAUCGUGGGGCUAUUCGCCCUCUGCUGGUUGCCCCUUCACAUCAUCAACUGCUUCAACCUGUUCUGCCAGGACUGUGGGCGCCCGCACGUCUGGGUGAUGAACAUCGCCAUCAUCCUGUCCCACGCCAACUCCGUGGUCAACCCCUUCAUCUAUGCAUAUCGCAUCCGGGAGUUCCGCCACACCUUCCGCAGGAUCCUGCGCAAGCACAUCCUGGGGCACUGGGAGGGGCAUGGAGCUGGGGGAGGGGGUGGCAGAAGGCUGGGUAGCAGCAGCAGUAUCACGCGUGCCUCUACUCGCAUCAGCAUGGUGGACAGCUCGUGUGGCACCAUGUGGAACAGUUAUUCCCUGGAGCCCAGCCCCAAACCCAGCCCCACUCGGACCCCCAUAGAGACCCAUAGAGCUGGGAAAGAAGCUUACUUUGACUCCUGCCAAUGGUCACCACCACAGUCAGACCUGCACCAAUCAGCUCCAUUGAAAACGGACACAACAAAGGCGAUGCCCCGGUGUCUCCCAGGCAGCAGCAAUGCAUCAUGGGAUGUGCGGACCAAAGUGGGGUUGAGACUACAACCGUGUUGAUGGAGGUGAGGGACAGUGGGAACAUAUCCUUUGUGCAUGUCAGGCCUCUGUCCCCCUCUGUCCCCCACACUAACCAGCCUAACCACUCAGUAGAACUCACUGAGGUCUCAU